AUGUCUGGUAGAGGUAAAGGUGGCAAAGCAAAGUCGUCUGGCAAGGUUAAGUCGAGAUCGUCACGUGCUGGUCUUCAGUUUCCCGUUGGUCGUAUUCACCGAAAAUUGAGGAAGGGCAAUUAUGCGGAGCGUGUUGGUGCUGGUGCUCCGGUAUACUUGGCUGCGGUGCUCGAAUAUCUCGCUGCGGAAGUGUUGGAAUUGGCAGGCAAUGCUGCGCGCGACAAUAAGAAGACCCGGAUUAACCCGCGACACUUACAGUUGGCAGUUCGUAACGACGAAGAAUUGAACAAAUUGUUGGCCGGCGUGACCAUUUCUCAGGGUGGCGUGCUACCCAACAUCCAGGCUGUGCUUCUCCCGAAGAAGACUGCAGAGAAGGCGUAA